AUGGGCAAUAUACAACAGGCAUGUCUCAUGGACUGCCAGAUUUUCUUUAUUCGACCAUCACAAAUAUCUCUAUUGUCAACAAUUAAUGUGAACGUGCACAAUUCGUACUGUUAUCCGAAUUUGGUGCAAUUGCACGUGAAGUCGCACAACACGCUACUUUUACUGACGAAGCAAGCCGGUAAUCGGAUAUGUACGUUGGACGUGCAGAUUCCACCAACAGAAAUGCUGUUUGGAGAUCAUAUCUUCAGCUACUCCUUGCUGUCUUCAUUACCAUACGCGUCAUGUUCGCACUCGUCUCCACAAAUGUUCCGACUGGAACCAGACUUAUCCUUCUUGGAUACGGUAUUUAGUGACGUGCUUUACUUUUUUGACGCCCAGUCGACUGGGGCAAUGUGGACAGUGCAUCAGUUCCAGAUCAAUGCGAACGGUUAUCUCCGACAUUUGGAGAAAAUCAACGUGAACAAUCACGCUAAACCUUUAGAAAUAUGGACCGGGCCCGAUAUAGCCAGCGAGUAUGUAGUCGCUUUGGACAAUCAGCGAAACUUUAUUUAUAUUCGAAAUCGAUUCGAGCGAAUUCUUCUAUACGAAUGUUCAUAUGAUCUCCUCUUCAGGUACGUUAUCUAUCUUGCCCAAAAAAAUCGCGGUUUUAGCGGCACCUUAUCAGAUAUUGCGCAGCUUCAGCUGUAA